GACUGGACGAAGCAGCACUGACUGCGCCCGCCGUCAUCAGCUAAGCGCCUUUAGCUUUAGCACUUGCAGUCUAAAAGUAGCAGCAUCCAUCAACCAAGGUAAACACCGGGAACCACAACGGAGGAAAUCAUGGAAACCUCCUUUUGUUUUUCUCCCUUCACGUACAUCAACGACAACGGUCGAUGAGCACGAUUAUACGCAAUGCCCGGAACGUCACAAACCUACCCAAAUGCGACUUUGACGCGCGUUUUGCUCGUCGCCAGCAGAUGGCUGAUCUUUAUCCCCAUCAUCACAACGGCUCUGCUGCUUUCCGCCGGCACGUUCUUGUAUAAUGCGCCCUACCGCCCGACCGUCUUGAGUUUAGGCUUGAGGAGUCUGGCGAUGGUUUCGUAUGACGGCAUCAUCCCCGUGAACAAGACUCACUCAUCCGACUCGCCCAAUUACAUGGUCACAAUCCACAAGUUCCCCAACGCAUUCAGCUGGGAAUGUCCGGACUGUCCGGCCGUGUUGUACUCGCCACGAGGGUUCGUCGAACUCGCCGGAGUAGCCGAAACCGGGCCGUACGCCGGGUACUAUCCCCUGACCCUCAUGCUCCACAUAGCCGACAAGCUGUCCGGCAAGAACGAUAGCGCCUUCUGGCACUGCUACAGAGAUGCCCCCCAGCCCGACGGCACCGACUGCCCCGAAAACGUCUUCUUCAAGGGAUGGACCAAAUCGUUCCACGACUUUUGGCUGACUGGGGUCUCGGAGAUCCCCAUAUCGUUCAUCACUUACAUCUUCUGCCUCGUUCUCGCCGCCACGACGCUUGUCAGUGAGGCCCUCAUCACGUUCGCCCCGCGGCACAUGAAAUGCCGCUGCCUGGUUGGCAAACGCUGGUGUCCCUACCCGAGCGGGACGGCGGACGAGAUCGAGGCGCUGCCGGAACACCGCUGGGAUCGCGUCCGGAUGUUCACAUACCCUCUCUUGCUGGCGUACUUGUUCCUUGCGGCCGUGCAAGAUACCGUCAUGCCCAUGUUCUUCCUCAGCAUUCUAAACUUCAUCGACCACGACCUCCCCAAGGGCAUGUCCAUGCGGCCGCGGCAGAACCGCCCCUACAUGGUCUUGCUCUGGCUCAACGUCUUGGUGUCGGGUUUGGCUGUUGCGUGCAUAGCUUGGAGGUACCAUGUGAACAAACCAAAGGGUCAUAUCACCCUCGACGAUUUGGCGGCGUACGAGCCAGAGGGUCGAACCGAAGCCACUGCGGAGCCUGUGGCCGAGGCAAGUUCUGCGGACAACAAUGCGAAUGCCGACGAAAGCGACGGCUCUGAAUCCGACGUCCUUUUGCCGUUUUCUGACAAUGAGCCAAUAACAGAGGAUGAAAGCAUUCCAAAGUAAUGUUGUUCUGAGCAACCCAAUCAAUUUAUAAUAUAUACAUCAGCGCUUCCUGUUCAACCCUCUUGGAAAUCUUCAGCCGAGCAGUGAAAACCCAAAAUCUAUGCUCAUUUCUUGAUACAGUUUAGACCUGUCCUGUCAUAUCCCAUGUACUUUUCUGUCCUCACGACCUUGACUGCUUCCCGCAGGUGACACCUGAUGCGCCAUGGUGAUUUGUUCUCAGUCUUUUCCAUUGUUUGGCUCCGACGAAAUAUUGGAAGGUGUCCCUUUGCAUGCCUCGCCCAAGCUAGCAAGCUUCCCCAGUGGAACCUUGACAAGCAUGUUGGUCUGAACAUUGUCUUGAAGCAUCACGGUCGUAUCGCGGAUGACAUAGCCUCCCCACCGUGGCAUCAGGUGGAUCUUGAAUAGGUAAUACAGCGCGCAGACGACCAGCACACCGACUCCAGCCGCAGCAUACGUCGCAUACCAGAAGCUGACGUCGCCAGCGUACGGACCGCCGUCGGGAGGAUACCACGGCAUGACGAUGACGGCCAGCGACGCGAGCGUGUUGACCAUCAGUGCGACGUUCCAGGCGCGGAACUCUGGCCUCGGCGCGUGCUGCCGGCUCCGACGAGCCCGUACCACAACCAGGCCAACGUUGAGCGCGAGCUCGAAAAAUACCCCCGGGUACAUCUGCAGAUCGACCAUAAAGUUGAAGGCGUCGCCGGAAGGCACGGCGAGAAUCAUGAUCGUCGUCAGCGCCCACCGCCACGCGUAGGGGCCCAGCGGCGUGCCGAACGGCCUGGUCGAGGCCCAGAACCGGGUCCAGGGGAUGACGCCCUGCCGGCCCGACUCGCGCGUCAUGCGCGACAGGCCGAGAGUCGUCGAGACGAUGCUGCCGAGCGCGCAGAGGGCGAUGAGCACGUUGAGGCCGCGCACCCAGCCCGAGUCCCCAAAAACCCUGCGGAAGAACAUGCCGGCCGCGAUCUCGGUGGAGUUUUCCAGCUCGUUCUUGGGUAUCGCGGCGAAGAAGGCGAGGUUUGUCAGGACGAAUAGGAUGCCCGUGGCGCCGAGGGCGAGGAAUUCCAUGUUGCGCAGGCUCUUGCCGGGUUUCUUCAGCUCCCCUUGGACGUUUAUGCCGUUGCCGGACCCGGCGUAGGAGAAGAUGAUCUUGACGAGGGCGUUGGUCAGGCCGUAGGCGGUGGCGGUUCCGGAGAAGGGGUCGCGGAAGUUUGCGAGCGGGUCGGGGAUUUUAGGAACGCGGCCGCCGAGCACGAGCAGGCCUGCGACCGAGAUGAAGGCGAGCGUGGCGAUCUUGAUGACGCCCAUGACGUUGAUGACCCAGUACGAGACGCGAUUGCUGAGCGUCAGGAGCACGAUGACGGCCGUGUAGCCCGCCACGGCCAGCCCCUUGAGCUCCCAGGUGGUAUAGGUGUGGCCGACAGCUUGGAAGAGGUACUUGGCCAGCACGAGGGCCAUGCUGCUGCCGAAGCCGAGAAUAAGACCGACCAGGGCGAUCAUGAUGGGGAAUAGGUACCGGGGCUUCGGGUAGGACUGCUCGAGAAACACGACCAGGGACCCCGAACGCUUGGGGAAGUAGCAGGCGAACUCGAGGAACACGGCGAGGUGACUGGCGGCGAUGAAGAUGCCAAUGGUCCAGUAUAUCAUGCUCAUGCCGACUGAGCCGGUGCCCUUGAGGAUGGAGGAUGCUGUUUGCUCAUGAAGUUUGACGCCGAUGCCUAUGAUGUUGCCGAUGUUCAACAUGACGACCGUGAAAGGCCCAACCGAUUGGCCCAUUAGUGAGUUUGUCUCCACGGGGACAGCUCCAUUGGACUGCACGAGGCAGUCCAGGCUAUUCGCUUCGACAUCUUGGGGCGUGUUUGUCAUUGUCGGCGCGUUGGUGUUUGCCGACUCCAAGUCUGUAUUCACGGUAAUGCCCGUGUUGAGCAGCAGAUGAGGUGCCAUGCUUGUUUCUGAAACCAAGAUUUGGAAUUCUGUUCACGGAGACAAAGACUGGCGGAACAGUGAUGAUAUGUCAGUUUAGGACGUGUAGUUUGUGAUGGCAGACAAUGUAGGCAUAGAAGUUCAUGGCAGCAAUGAAUCGAUAAUCAUCAGGGGAGAGGAAGAAGCAGCCAUUUCUACGGUAGGCACUUUCACUCGUGGAUUAGCUGCACAUGUAAUCAUUGUUUGUAUUCAGGAGCUUUAAG